UCUACUCCCCUCUCCCAUCCCUCAGACAAAACGAACGAAACAAACGCCUCGCUAAAUACGACUCACGAGUCUUCCACAGUCCGCAACACUCCAGCUCUCCUCAACCACUCCGCUUCUAAUCGCUCGCCAUGGUCGGUGCCGGCGCGGCGGCCCCUGAACCCUAGGCUGAACGACCAUGGGCUCCCUCGACAGCGGCGCCGGUGUGGGGAGCUACAAGCGCGCGGCGGCGGCGGCGCCGCUGCCGCGCGCCUCGGCGGGCGGUGGAGGCGCGGCGCGGAGGCCGGGCCUGAGAUCCAGGCUCGCGCGGUUCCUGCUGUUCGAGAAGGUGGACUACCUCCAGUGGAUCGGCACCGCCGCGGCCUUCUUCUUCGUCACCAUCCUCUUCGUCGCCUUCUUCCCCGGAUCGGCCGUCUUCGAGAACCCGAUGCUGCUGCUCCCCUCCCGACGCGCCAGCGCGGGCGGGGGCGUGAGACAGAGCAGGACCGAGGUCUUGCUUCCUCGCGACCUCGGCGGGCUGGACACCGGCCAGGGCCUGGUGUUCGAGCCGACAAGACUGCGGGAGAAGUGGGCGAGGGAGCGGAGGGAGGAGGCUGAGAGCUUGGCGAAGCUCGGGAGGCCCGUGAAAAGGGUCGGGGUUCGGAAGCCGCGCCUCGCCUUGGUGUUUGGGGAUCUCUUCCCGGACGCAAUGCAGCUUCAGAUGGUUAGCGUCGCUUCGGUGCUGGAGGCAAUGGGCUACGAAAUGAAGGUUUUCUCAUUUGAGGAUGGCCCAUGUAGUAAUAUAUGGAGGGCCAUCGGCGUACCAGUUCAGAUCUUACCUGUGGACACGAAGUUACUUAUUUCUGUAGAUUGGCUAGACUAUGACGGCAUACUUGUAAAUUCAGUUGAAGCAAGACCAGUAUUUUCAAGUCUUAUGCAGGAGCCUUUCAAAUCCAUACCUGUAAUUUGGACUGUGCAAGAGAGUUCCCUUGCUCAUCGUAUUAGUGAAUAUAAUUCUAGUGAGAUGGUUCAGAUCCUAGAUGGUUGGAAAGAAGUCUUCAGCAGGGCAAAUGUUAUAGUUUUCCCAAACUAUAUAUUGCCGGUAAUGUAUGCUGCAUUUGAUUCUGGUAACUAUUUUGUGAUUCCAGGUUCUCCUAAAGUAGCAUUUCAAGCUGAUAGAUUAGUUGCCAAAAGUUAUGACCGAAAUGUGAGAAUCAGCUUGGGUUUAGGUCCAAGAGAUUUUGUAAUUGCUAUUGUUGGUAGUCAAUUUUCAUAUGGUGGGCAUUUGAUGGACGAGGCACUUGUGUUGCAAGCAGUGGGGCCUCUUUUACAACAUUUACAGCAGUAUUCUUCUGAGAAUAGCACACAGACAGAACUGAAAGUGAGAAUCUUGUCGAGAAAUGUAACUGAGAAGCAUAGUCCGGCUCUUGACGUUAUUGCUUUAAAUGUUGGCUUCCCAAGAGGUGCAGUGGAGCAUGUUGCUGCUGAAUAUGUGGAUAAUCUCCUUGGUGUAGCUAGCCUUGUCAUAUACGGUUCUUGCCUUGAUGAGCAAUCUUUUCCCAGUGUGUUAGUCCAAGCAAUGAGUCUUGAGAAGCUGGUUAUAGCUCCGGACCUUGGAAUGAUCACAAAAUAUAUUGAUGAUGGGGUAAAUGGACUUCUUUUCCCAAGAAAGAAUAUUGCCAUGUUAACUCAAGUCCUACUGCAAGCGGUAUCAAAUGGAGAAUUAUCCGUUCUAGGGCAAAAAGUUGCAUCGGUUGGUAAAAUCCACGCCAAGGAUCUAAUGGCUUCUGAAACUAUUGAAGGCUAUGCUGUACUAUUGCAAAAUGUUAUCAAGUUUCCUGCUGAAGCACUAACUCCGUUAAGCGCUGGGGAGAUACCUUUGGCUUUGAAACAAGAGUGGAAAUGGCAUCUAUUUGAGCAUGUGAAGCACUUGUACCAUAUGAAUGAGAGUUUGACUGGCUAUAAAAUACUCCAGAAAAUAGAGGAGGAGUGGCGCAGCAACCAAAAGGACGAUGCUCGCGGUAGUACACCAAAGAUUGAUGAAGCAUUCUCUACCAUUGCAUGGGAGGAAGAGAGAGAAAAUAGGAUUAUGAGCAUCAAAAUGAGAUUGGAAGAAGAGGAGAGUGGAUUGUUUGUGCAGUUAAAGGAUAGGAGUGAUCAGACUCAUGGAACAUGGGAGGAAGUGUAUAGAAAUGUCAAAAAAGUGGACAGGAUGAAGAAUGAAUUGCAUGAAAGAGAUGAAAAGGAGCUUGAGCGGACGGGUCAGCCACUGUGUAUAUACGAGCCAUUCUUUGGGGAGGGGACUUGGCCCUUCCUGCAUCAAAGCUCCCUGUACCGUGGAAUUGGUCUGUCUUCAAAAGGUCGAAGACCUGGAGCAGAUGACAUUGAUGCUUCUUCUCGUCUUCCGCUUCUGAACAAUGGGUACUACAGAGAUAUUCUUGGUGAAUUUGGAGCUUUCUUUGCCCUGGCUAACAGGAUUGACCGGAUUCACAAGAAUUCUUGGAUAGGAUUUCAAUCCUGGAGGGUGACGGCAAGAAAGCAGGUAAACUUGUCGAAAAAUGCUGAAUCUGCGAUGUUGGAAGCCAUCCAAACUCAAAAGCAUGGAGAUGCCUUCUAUUUUUGGGUUCGAAUGGACCAGGAUCCAAGAAGUCACGCUAAUCAAGAUUUCUGGUCCCUGUGUGACACUAUCAAUGCUGGGAACUGCAGGUUAGCUGUUUUGGAGGCUUUUCAAAGGAUGUAUGGCAUGCAGCUUGAUGAAGAUUUGAAUUCUCUGCCACAUAUGCCUAAUGCUGGAGGCACGUGGUCUGUGAUGCAAAGUUGGGUUUUGCGUACAAGAUCAUUCCUGGAAUUUGUAAUGUUCUCAAGGAUGUUCGUAGAUGCGCUGGAUGCACAAAUGUAUGACAAUCAUCAUCAAACUGGGCAUUGCAUCUUGAGUCUCCACAGGGACAAGCACUGCUAUUCUCGUGUUCUUGAGUUGAUCGUGAACGUUUGGGCAUUCCACAGUGCACGGAGGAUGGUUUUUGUAAACCCAGAGACGGGUGCAAUGCAUGAGCAGCAUCCGCUUGAUGGCAGGCGAGGUCAAAUGUCAAUCCAAUGGUUUUCCUAUGCAACUCUGAAGAGCAUGGACGAAGACUUAGCAGAGGAAUAUGAUGAGGAACACCCUGACAGAAAGUGGCUCUGGCCACAAACCGGCGAAGUCUUCUGGCAAGGUGUGUACGAGAGGGAGAAGAACAUGCGGCAGCAGGAGAAGGAGCGGAGGAAGCAACAGACCAAAGACAAGAUCCAGAGAAUCAAGAAGAGAGCUCGCCAAAAGACGAUAGGGAGAUAUAUAAAGCCACUGCCAGAUGAUGCGGGUCGCUUAAACGACACGAGGACAGGAGAUUGAGUAGCGUUUGACCACAUACUUAGGGUGACGAUUCAUUCUGCAGGAAAUUUUGUUCAUUCUUUGGUUCGGCUAAUGUCUUCACUGGUUGCGCCCUGGUGGGUGUGAUUGUUCUUGUCCAGUUUUGCCCUGUAACGUAACUAAGCCAUCAAGUUGCGAACCUAGUUUCGUAGGUGUAAAUAUGACUAGGCGAUAGAUCCUGUUAACUCCUGUUAACGUUUUACUACAACUGGUUUGCACAUUACCUGUCAUCAUUGUGGACAUUGAAUACUCUUUAGGCACUGUAUCAACACAGCACCUUUACACUGAGUUCACUAUGAGGCGAAGAAGUGGUGCCACA